AUGCAAACUCUAAUGACUCACAGUCGUAUCAACCCACUUCCAGGGGCAAUUACCAAGGAAGAGAUCAAAUGCCAACUUUUGGUCCAUGAGCGCAGAUUCUUGAGCAAGCCAGCCAAGAAAGAUGAGUGGAAUGUCAUGCCACAAUCUGUUCACUCCAAGAACACUGUCAACCCAGUUCGUAAGAUCGCUGAUGCUUGCGCAGUCCCACCAAACCCAGAAAAGAAAGUCAUCAGACUUCACCUUGGAGACCCAUCAGUUGGAGGAAAACUCCCACCAAGUGAAGUCGCCGUUCAAGCUAUGCACGAAUCAGUCAGCAAUCAUAUUUAUGAUGGAUAUGGCCCAGCUGUAGGAGCACUUGCCGCCCGUCAAGCAAUCGUUGACAAAUACUCCAGCAUUGACAACGAGUUCACCGCCGAUGAUGUCGUUCUUGCCUCCGGAUGCUCUCAUGCUCUUCAAAUGGCCAUCGAAGCAGUCGCCAAUGCUGGAGACAACAUUCUCGUGCCACACCCAGGAUUCCCACUGUACUCCACACUCUGCCGUCCACACAACAUCAUCGAUAAGCCCUACAAAAUUGAUAUGUCCGGAGAGGAUGUGAAGAUCGACUUGUCUUACAUGGCCACAAUCAUUGAUGACAACACCAAAGCCAUUAUCAUCAACAAUCCAGGAAACCCAACCGGUGGAGUUUUCACCAAGGAACACCUCGAAGAGAUUCUUGAGUUCGCCAACAAAUACAAGCUUAUCAUCAUUGCUGAUGAAAUCUACGGAGACUUGGUGUACAACGGAGCCACUUUCUACCCACUCGCCUCCCUCAGCCCAAAAGUCCCAAUCAUCACUUGCGACGGUAUUGCGAAGAGAUGGAUGGUUCCCGGAUGGCGGUUGGGAUGGUUGAUCAUCCACAACCACUUCGGAGUUCUCACUGAAGUCAAGAAGGGAAUCGUCGCCCUCUCUCAGAAGAUUGUCGGACCAUGCUCCCUCGUUCAAGGAGCCCUCCCAAAGAUUCUCCGUGAAACCCCAGAAGAGUAUUUCGUGUACACCCGCAACGUCAUCGAGACAAACGCCAACAUCGUCGAGGACAUCCUCGCUGAAGUUCCAGGAAUGCGAGUUGUCAAGCCAAAGGGUGCCAUGUACAUGAUGGUCAACAUCUCCAAGACCGCUUAUGGAUCAGAUGUCAGCUUCUGUCAAAACUUGAUCAAGGAAGAAUCAGUGUUCUGUCUGCCAGGACAAGCCUUCUCCGCUCCAGGAUACUUCCGAGUGGUUCUCACCAGUAGUACCGAUGACAUGGAAGAGGCCGCUAUGAGAAUCCGCGACUUCUGCUUCAGAAACUUCAACCAACACUCCGACUCCGAAGAUAGCUCGGAUGAAGGACUCGACUUGAGCGCAAUGGAAUCCGAUUGA